UGAAUAUUUCUAUGAGAGAGAAUUCCAACCUGACUUCCAUCCUAGAACCAAACCAGCUAAGAAACACAUGCGGAGAGAGAGUAGUUCGAUGUAAGGUUCUGUAGACCAGUCUAAUCCUCUGUUAGAGGGCGAGAACAGUAACAUUUUUGCCGGUAGCCUCCUGGACUGUUGACACUGGAGAAAGUUAUUCCGAGUUAUUGUGUUGACUGUUUUGUGUAACUGCUUGGUGUAAGGACGUUAACGGAACUAGCCAGAAUGAGAGGCUGAAGUUGCCACCUGGAUAAAGCGAGAAUAGAGGUGGAACAAGGCUACCCGUAGCUGUCUGUUGCUGGUUGAAUUACGCACGAUGGACCAGGAAGAAGAUCUGGACUUCAAGUCCUUGAGGGCAAAGUUCCAGGAUGAGGAAGUGCUGCUGAAGCAGCCAAGGACCAAACCUGCCCUUCCUGUGAAACCUAAAGUCCUGUCCCCUCCUCACAGCCCAACAAACUCCCUUCCUUCCUUCAGCCCCACAUCACACACACCCUCCAACUCACGCAGCCUAACGCCCGGAGCUCGACCCUCCCUCCUCACCUCCCUCCAGGGGAAGGGUGACAUCGCACCCCGAGUCAUCUUCAAGGAGAAGGAGAAGAAGGUAAAGGGAAAAGACAAGAAUGAGGGGAAGGUGAAAUUACUAGGUAAAAAGAAGGCAGAGGUUGACAAAGAAAAGGCAGAUAGAGAGAUGAAUGGCGGGAAAGAUGAUGUAGAAGAUCUGCUGGACCAGAAACAGAAGACAGAGGCAGACCUAGUCAUGAAGAACAAGAAGGUGUCCCUGCUGUCCCCUAGGGGGUUUAAGGGGGGUAGUGUCGAGCUGGAAGAUGCUUCGCCACCGCCCAUAUAUGCAACAGUAAAGAAGAAGGGUUUUCGGGGCAUCGGGAAGCCUGUGAAAUCAGGGAAGAAAGGGAAAAAUGAGUUUCCUCCUCUCCCCAUGUUGGACAUAGCCAGCCCAGACAUGGCUGCCCCUGAACCUUUCAUCGCUCUAACAACCUUCAGAACCCCAUCACCCCAUGCUAAUAUACCCACACCAACUGCCCUCAUCCCACCGGCCCCAGCAGCUCACAUUACCCUCUUACCCCUUGCCCCGAAACCUGCCCCAAUACUAGAUGCCCUCUUACCCUCUGAGCUGUUACCCUCCACCCUGAUGCCUGCACCAGCAGCUGAAACCAUUACAGUCGCUACACCACCCGACCCCAUCCCCAUUCCAAUGAUCCCCGACCCUCCUAUCGUUGAGCCCAUCCCAGCCCCCACCCUUUCUGUAUUGGUUCCCCCCAGCCCUACCCCUUCCCCUGUUCCUGCCCUACCCAGCCCGGUACCAACUCCCCCAGUCACCCCUAACCCCUCUGCUAUCCCCACCUUACCACCACCCACUAUAGCCACCCCACGUCGACCUGCUAUUGCCAGGCCACCCCCACCCGCUGACCCUACCCCCUCUCCACCUCCAGCUCCUGAACUUGUACCUGAACCUGAGUCUGUAGUAGUGGAUGCUGCUAUUGUAGUCGAGGCCUCUGCCUCUCCACCUCCCUCUCACACCCCGCUUCCCCCAGCGGUGGACCCCCCAGUCACACCCCCGUCCCCCAGCCUGAGAGCCUCGUGUCGGUCCAGGAACGACCACUCUCAGCCCUGUCGGCUCUAG